UGACCCUGCCCCCUGCACCUCCACCAGGGGGGUACCUACUGGGUACCCAUAGAGCUACAUCUAUGGGUACCCAGUAGGUACCCAUAGGGUCUGUUAUGUAAUGAUGGUGGUGGCAUCUGGGGUGUAGGAACCCGACACACCGUGCACAGACAUUCGGAUGGCAACAAGACAUGCACAAAACUGUUUGAUUCGUUUCUCCAGAGCAAGGCUAAUUAGCGUCGCCCGAUUCACAUUGACUGAAAUUAGACACUGCAGAAUUUCGCUCGCACUCAGAGUUGCUCGCGAUAAUAUAUGAGGGUCAAUGAUGAUCGAUCGGUCUCGGUGUACAUCCGGGACCAUCAUGGCAACGCUCCAGGACGAACGAACCCACACAGAGAAUAUCAUCAAGGAGCAGCCAGAUGAAAAUGGAGUACCAGGAGAUCUCGCGCCGGAGGAAUCACCUCGCCUCUCGAAAAACGCGAUGAAAAAAGCUGCACGUCGGGAACGGGCCGAGGCGGUGAAAAUGGAACGUCGUGCGCGCGAAAAGGCCAGCCGCAAGGAAAAGAAACGCGCUAUUGCUGCGAAACGUGCUGCGGGAGAACUAGACGAGGACGACGUACCUAAACCAAAGAAGCCGAGGAUCGUCGGGCCACCGUUUGGAGGGAGAGUUGUUGUGGAUCUUGGGUUCGACGAGAAGAUGACUGAGAAGGAAGUCCAGUCUCUCUGUUCGCAAUUGGCCUACACCUACAGCGCCAACCGCCAGGCUGGCAACCCCUUCAAGCUUCUGUUCACCGCUAUCAACGGUAAAACCAAGGCGCGGAUGGACAGCUUGAGCGAUGGGGCAUAUCAACGAUGGAGUCACACGGAAUCGUGGGAGGAAGGAUACGAGCGUUUAUGGGCGGAGGAUCCAGCCGUGAAGGACACUGUGGUGUAUCUGACCGCGGACUCUGAUGUCGAGUUGACCGAGCUCAAGCCGGACGAGACCUAUGUCAUAGGUGGAAUUUGCGACCAUAAUCGAUUGAAGGUCCGUGCAGUCCGUCUCAGGUGCGUUCAAGCUGUGCUCACGCGAAAGGAAAAGAACGAAUGCUACAAUAAAGCUACCGCUUCCGGAAUCCGACAUGCCCGACUCCCCAUCGGCACAUACCUGUCUGAGCUACGCACUCGUAAAGUGCUCACUGUUAACCAGUGCUUCGAGAUUCUCGUCCAAUGGGUGGAGACAAGGGACUGGGAAUCUGCAUUCUAUGCCGUCAUUCCAAAGCGCAAGUUCGAAGAACAUUUCAAAAACAGUAAGAAAGAUCAUGACCCUGCGCGAGAGGAACCAGCCGAGGACGAGGUACACGACGAGGGCAAGCUUGUUCUGAGCAUCGAACAACUGGAGGAACCAGAAGGAGAAGCAUAA